AAUAAUUUUCUUUAUGAUUAUAUUACCAAAGUAAUGUUCAGUUAGAUACAUUAUUUUAGUUUUUAUUCCUCCUUUUAGGAAUACCCUUUUACUUGUUUAUUUUCAAUGUGUAAAACAAUUAUGGCCGGGCGCCGUGGCUCACGCCUGUAAUCCCAGCACUUUGGGAGGCCGAGGUGGGUGGAUCACGAGGUCAGGAGAUCGGGACCAUCCUGACUAACAUGGUGAAACCCUGUCUCUACUAAAAAUACAAAAAAUUAGCUGGGCAUGGUGGCAGGCGCCUGUAGUCCCAGCUAUUCGGGAGGCUGAGACAGGAGAAUGGCGUGAACCCAGGAGGCGGAGCUUGCAGUGAGCCGAGAUCGCACCACUGCUCUCCAGCCUGAGCGACAGAGUGAGACUCCGUCUCAAAACAAAACAAAACAAAACAAAAAAACAAUUACAUGAUUCUACAUUCAAAACUCUACAGCAGGCUGGGCGCAGUGGAUCGCAUCUGUAAUCCCAGCACUUUGGGAGGCCGAGGCAGGCAGAUCACUUGAGGUGAGGAGUUUGAGACCAGCCUGGGCCACAUGGUGAAACCCUGUCUCUACUAAAAAUACAAAAAUUAGCUAAUCAUGGUGGCACGUGCCUGUAGUCCCAGCUACUUGGGAGGCUGAUGUGGGAGAAUCGCUUGAACCAGGGAGGCAGAGGUUGCAGUAAGCCGAGAUCACACCACUGCACUCCAGACUGGGUAACAGAGUGAGAUUCUGUCUCAAAACAAAACAAAACAAAAAACCAACAACUCUACAGCAAGUUUUACUGAGAGAAGUCUCACCUCUAUGCAUGUUUCCGCUCUCCUCUUAGAGGCAGAAGUUUUUAGUUUUAAUUAGUUUUAGUUUUGUUGUUCCAGUGGGUGUUUUGUUUGUUUUUUAAAUAUGAGCAAAUAUUAUAAAUGUAUAUAUUUAUUUAUAUCCCCCAUACUCUAUAUACUAUUGUGCAUCUUGCUGCUUUCACCUAAAAAUACAUCCUGAAGAUUAUUGCAUAUCAGCAUAUAGAGAUCUUCCUCAUCCCAUUUUAUUAUUCUAUAGUAAUAUUCCAUUAUAUACAUGAAUCACAGUUUAUUCACCUGUCCCUCUAUUCACAAGUCUUUGAGUUGUUUGUAAUCUUUUUCUAUUAAAAAAUACUACCUUAUUCACAAGUCAUUUUCUAAUUCUGCCUGUGUAGUUUUGUGACAGAUUUCUAGAACUGAGAUUGUUCUAUCAGAUGGUGAAGGCAUACAUAAAUUUGCAAGAUAUUGUGAAACCAUCUUUUACUAUAGUUGUAACUAUUUUUUAUUCCAACUAAUGAUAUACAAGAUAUUCUAUUUUCUUUCACCAUGACCAACCCAAUAAGCUUUCAAAGUUGUGAUUUUCACCCCUAUGAUAGGUGAGAGUUGUUAUCUCAGCAUGGAGGUAAUUUGCAUUUCUUUUAUUGUGAGGGUUGGAUUUUGAAACAGCAAAAAGGGCAAGCAAGCCCCUGUGAUGACCAAGAGCCUGAGCAUGCUUUCAGUUAUUUCCUCUCUUAUGUCAAAAAGCAUCUUUACACCACGAUUGUGAAUUUAUUCACAAGAAAUACCAAAUUUCUUCUUUCAUUAUUAACAACUCUGUCUUCAACUGCCAUAGUUUCCAGAGAAUUGAACAAUGAAUUGUCCAAAACCACAGAAGAAAAGUUGCUAUUUGAGAGCAUAUCUGUCUGAUAACGAGUUCCCUGAUCGGUGAAACUGCACUAUGCCAAAUGCAGAGUGGGAAUUCCAAGGAAGAGCAAAGAUCUGUUACAGGGAAGUUCCACAGAAGAUACACCCAACUGUGAGUAAACAGCUGGCCAACAGGGCUUCCUGGGAUACAAGAGCGUUCUCCAUGGAUCUGCCUUACUACCACGGACGUCUGACCAAGCAAGACUGUGAGACCUUGCUGCUCAAGGAAGGGGUGGAUGGCAACUUUCUUUUAAGAGACAGCGAGUCGAUACCAGGAGUCCUGUGCCUCUGUGUCUCGUUUAAAAAUAUUGUCUACACAUACCGAAUCUUCAGAGAGAAACAUGGGUAUUACAGGAUACAGACUGCAGAAGGUUCUCCAAAACAGGUCUUUCCAAGCCUAAAGGAACUGAUCUCCAAAUUUGAAAAACCAAAUCAGGGGAUGGUGGUUCACCUUUUAAAGCCAAUAAAGAGAACCAGCCCCAGCUUGAGAUGGAGAGGAUUGAAAUUAGAGUUGGAAACAUUUGUGAACAGUAACAGCGAUUAUGUGGAUGUCUUGCCUUGAAGAUAAGGCUGCCGGACAAAGCAAGUUGAAGAGAUGAGUAACAGUUCUCACUGAUGACCCACUUCUGCAGGCAUAGGUCCAGAGCACGAAACUCUAGUGGACAAUUCAGACUCUCCUGGUUGUGUAACUGAAGAUGUUCUGCCCACCAGCGCCAGAGGUCACUCUCCACAUCCCCGCCUCCCAGACAUAUACCAGGAGCAAUUUCAAAGCCCUCUCCAGUUUCACUCUUCUUUCUUGGAAUGGGACAGCCUGAACAUUUUCCCUUUGACUUGUUAAAGGUACCGCCCUACAUCAUGGUUGACACCCUCCUUCGGACCAUGCAGUCAGAGGGGCAGCUUUAUACAGAGGAGGGGCACACUUGUCUGUGAGUUUGAAGCCCUGAGUUCCGGUCCUGUGGCUGUGUAACUUUGAACACAUUUCUUCCCAUCUCCAGGUCUUAGUUUCUUUGUCUCUGUGGUUGGGUGGGAUGAUAAACAUUGCCCCAGUCUCUCUGUUGAGCCUGCUUGUGUCAGGUGAAGGUGAGGGAUCGGGAGUGAUGGAGAUGCAUACAGAUCAGCACCUUCUCUGUACCUGCUGGACCCCCAUGUGCACCCUUCUCCCUCCAGCCUGGGCUACUCUCAUCCUGGUUCUUUCUAAUCUUAAACUUCCUGGUGAGCAUUGCCCCAGCCACACUUUCUCCCUGGUUUUGCUUAAUUCCACUUAUGCAUCAGCCAUUUCAACAGCAUGAAUGUGGUUCUGUACAGUAAUGUAUGUGGAGAUUUCUAAAAUAUUCUAUGUGUGAUUUCUGUUCCCAACUAGGUUCUAAGUGCCAUCAAAGCACGGUUGGGUCUCCCUUGUAUCUUCCACAGUAUAGAAAUUUGUGCUGCCCAGAGCUGUGCCUAGUUCGUAGAAAUUGACUGGAAGCACAUUGCUGAGGGAGGUUUGUUGAAUUGGUUUUUAAGGUUUAUUGAAAUUGAUUUGCUGAAUUUUUCUGCUAGUUCAAAAUGUGAAUUAGGACCUGGUCAGUUUGAAAUGUACCAAAUUCUAUGCCCUUUCUCUUACCUAUCAUCAAAUUGUAGUAAUGUGUUUCACCCCACUGGACUUAUCUUCAGAGUUUUAAAAGAGAGGAGCUCUCGACUUAGAGGUAAUAUGAACAGAUGAACAGACACUGUGGCUGGAGCCCCAAAGUGUGGACCAUUGUUAGAUUUGGGGUCACAGCAAUUUAUGGCUACUAUUCCCUAUGUCUGGUAGGUAGGACAAAUGUCCUCUUUUACUUUUCAAAACUGGCUUAGGUAUUCAUGGACCUUGAUUCUUCCAUAAACAUUUUAUAAUAAAUACGUGAAAUUGCUUAAAACCUCUUUUUGGAAUUUUUAAUGAACUUGCAACAAAUUUGUAAAUAUGAGAGAACUGACGUUCUUGUGAUGUUUUCCCAUGCAUAAACAUGCCACAUCCAUGUUCUCGGGUCGUCUUUUUUGCCCUUUCAUGGAGUCAUAAAUUUUCACAACUGAAGUCUUGUAUAUUCUGUUAGAUUAAUUCCUAUUUCUAGUUGCUGUAGAUGAUACCUUAUGUUUUAUUACAUUUCUAAUAGGAUAUGGUGUUGGUGAAAUGUUAACCCUCUCAUUAGAUCUACUAGUUUACCUGUUGAUUCUAUUGUGUUUUCUAUGUAAAUGAUUUUGUCAGCUAUAAAUAAUAACAUUUUAUUUUCUCUUUCCUUGCAA